GUAAACAGCAAUGGCUACAAGUUAAUGAAAAUCAAAUGAAAUAGCUGCGGAUGUUUAUUAAAUAAAAUAAAAAUAAAUACGAAUUUGUGAUUUUAAUUUAUUAUUUAAAUCGUUAGCUGAUAGUUUUAUAAUUUGAAAAAUUGUCAUCUGAAGAGGAUUCAUUAUGAAUAAUCAGAUCGAGUGUCUGGUAAAAGAAACUCCUGGUGAACUUUCGUAUCGCAAAGAAUUUUAUCCAAAUGCCAAGUCGAUAAAAACAGAUGAUUUAUCCUGCACGGUGUGCAAUGAAGAUCUAAUUGUCUCCAAGAAAUUAUUAAAUCAUCCGAUCUUGGGAAUUUUGAUGUGCAAGAAAUGCUACGAAAAAAAUAAAUCUCCGGAUAAAAAAAAAUGUAUGCUGUGUUUCGGAAGCGGGAAGAAGUUGAUCGAAUGCAAGAACAAAAAAUGUUCAUAUCUAACUUGCGAGGAAUGCGUGUCCAGAAUAAAUCCAAAAGCAAAAUCAUUUCACAAGCCCGGAAAAUGGAAUUGUUUUGCCUGUAACAUAACGCCCUUAUAUAAAUUACGGGGAAUAUCAUCAGCCGCAAUGUCGUCAAGUUCAACCGAAAAAUCAUCUAAUCAGCCAAAUAAACGGAUUAAAAAAAAUACAAUUAGUAAAUCUAAAGAUAAAAUAAGUAGACCUGUAGCGGAAACCCAAAAAAUAAAUGGACAAAAUUUAUCACGUUGUGAUUCAACUUCGAGUAGUGGAACUGAAUUUACAAAGACUAAAAUAAUCGACACAAAUUUAUCAUCAUCUCGUAUAAAUCAUCACGAUCUAAGCGAUAUAUCAGAUAACGAUGCGCAGGAAGACGACGCGUUGACUAAACGUCAGUUAUUUGAGCUUAAGCACAACAUCAAAAAAUUAUUUGACAGCAUGAAGGAAAUGGGGACUAAGAUGUUGAGAGACGUGGAAAAAUUGCAGCAAAAUUUUUACACGAAUAAACACAAAUACAAAUCAUCAGAUGUUAGGAAUAUUAUGUCUGAGUGCACGAGUAUGAUCCAGAGUGUCCAGGACUGCACGAGUACGCAGGAAAAAAAAUUAAUCGAGCGUCACAAAACCUGGUGCAGAAAAUCUAAAUUUAAAAAUACGCUCGCGAUGGACAGCCGGAAGUUUAAAAAAAAUCAGGACCCGGUCAAAGAAUCGGAUGACGAGAAACGAGCCUCGACUCCGGUUGAAAAAAAUUCUAAAUUUGUCUUGGAAAAAAGUAGCAGUCGAUUAGAAGUUUCUGAUUGUGAUGAGCAAAUUUUUUCUGAUGAUGAUGCUGACAAAAAUGACAGAGAUAAAGUAGGAGAUGAUGUGGAAGUUGAUGACUUGAAUCAAUCGAAAGAUUUAUUUUCUGAUGAUGACUUAGUUGCUGACAAUCAUGUUGAUGACACUGAUGUUGAACUAACUGUUGAACGCUCGCCAUCUAAAUCUAGUAGGAAAUCAUCAGAUGAAAGUGAUGACGGGAAUGAAGUCCGGAAGAAACGUCUGCUGAAAGUUAAAAAAAAGUCGGGGAAAAUUGAUUCCGAUGACAGUACGGACAGUAAUGGGAAGGAGAGACGUUUGUCUAGAAGUAAAUCGGAUAAAAUGGAGAAGAAAUCUGAUGGUGUGGGGGCUGAAGGAAGGAAAUCAUCGGAAUCUGAUGAUGGGAGAUCUGGUGACAAAGAAAAUGAGAAGAAUGAUAAAGAAUCUGAUGAUAUCGUUUUGACACCAGAGUCGCGGGUGAAGAAAUUAUCUUAUGAAGUAGACACUGAUAAGGAUGAGGACAAAGAAGACGAGCGAAAAGAAAAAAGAGCUAAAGAAUCUCUGCUGAAGUCUUCGGACUCUGAACUGACGGAGGUUGACACGGAGGGUAAAAAGACGGACGAGAAAUCUGGUUCUGAUUUGGAGUCUGAGCAAGAAGAUGAUGGGAAGAAAAAUGGGAAAGAUAAAAAAUUGAAAUCUGGUUCUGUAGAAAAUGAUCGUGAUGGAAAAAAAAAAGAAGAAGCUAAGAAAGUUUUGAAUUCUGCGGAAUCUGGAGAAGAUGAUGAUAAAAUAAAGAAACGAAAAGAAGAAGAAGCUAAAAAAAUUUUGUUGAAUUCUUCGUCUGAUUCUGAGGAAGAAAAUGAAGGGAAGAAAAAAAAUGAAGAUAAAAAUUCUAGAUCUAAUUCUGCAGAAGAUGACAGUGAAGAUGAUAAGAAACGGAAGAAAGAAGAAGAAGCUAAGAAAGCUUUGAUGAUUUCUUCUUCUGACUCUGAUGAUGAUGAGAAAAUAAAGAAACGGAAAGAAGAAGAAGCUAAAAGAAUUUUGAUAAAUUCUUCUUCUGAUUCUGAAGAAGAAAUAAAUAAGAAGAAAAGUGAGGAUAAAAAAUCUAGAUCUAGUUCUUUGGAAUCUGAUCAUGGAGAUGAUAAAAGUAAAAAAAGAAGGAAAGAAGAAGAAGCUAAGAAAGCUUUGCUGAUUUCUUCUUCUGAUUCUGAUCAUGAUGACGAUGAAAAAAUUAAAAAACAAAAAGAAGAAGCUAAAAAAAUUACGAUUUCUUCUUCUGAUUCUGAUCGUGAAGAAGAAAGUGAAAGUAAAAAACAAAAAGAAGAAGAAGCUAAGAAAGCUCUGCUAAAUUCUUCUUCUGAUUCUGAUCACGAAGACGAUGAAAAAUCGAAAAAACAAAAAGAAGAUGAAGGGAAAAAAAUUACCAUAAGUUCUUCUUCUGAAUCUGAUGACGAAAAAGAAAGUAAAAGUAAAAAACAAAAAGAAGAAGAAGCUAAAAAAGCUCUGCUAAAUUCUUCUUCUGAUUCUGAUCACGAAGACGAUGAAAAAUUAAAAAAACAAAAAGAAGAUGAAGGGAAAAAAAUUUCCAUAAGUUCUUCUUCUGAAUCUGAUCACGAAGAAGAAAAAAAAAGUAAAAAAGAAGAAGAAGCUAAGAAAGCUCUACUGAAUUCUUCUUCUGAUUCUGAUCACGAAGACGAUGAAAAAUUGAAAAAGCGAAAAGAAGAUGAAGGGAAAAAAAUUUCCAUAAGUUCUUCUUCUGAAUCUGAUCACGAAGAAGAAAAAAAAAGUAAAAAAGAAGAAGAAGCUAAGAAAGCUCUACUGAAUUCUUCUUCUGAUUCUGAUCACGAAGACGAUGAAAAAUUGAAAAAGCGAAAAGAAGAUGAAGGGAAAAAAAUUUCCAUAAGUCCUUCUUCUGAAUCUGAUGAGGAAGUAAACAGUAAAAGAAUAACGCGAAGAGCAGCGGAAGCUAAAAAAAUAGCAAAUGAAGUAGAGAAGGAAUCAGAUUCCGACAUUGAAACGAUUAGUUCUAAAAAUUCUUCCACAACAAAGUCAAAGAGAUUCCAAUUAAACAAUAAUAUCCAUUAUAAUAACGAUAAAAAAUUAAAAUUAAAAAGUUUAGUUAAAUUAGAAAGACUGAGCAAAAGAAUUUUAUCUCGCCACUCCAAAGCUUUGCGCUUAUCGAGGGAAUAUUUGGAAAACAAAAAAGUCUUAAGCCUGAUGUCACUCGAUGGCCUCGAGAAGAAGAACAAAAAGAAACAUCGCAGCGAUUCAUCAACAGACGAAGACUCCAAGCACUCGAGAUCGCGAAAGAAAACCAAAAUAUCAACCGAUGACGACACUCUGUUGGAUCACUUGAAAAAAGUCGAGACUGGGAACGGCGACAACGACAGCAGCAACUCCAGCAUGGAAGACGACGUCAGUUCGAAAAAUAACAAAAAUAAAGAACUUGAGCCCCAGAGUCUAGUCCAGCAGGCAGACAAAGUUGCCAAGGCCUCAAUUCUCGCGGACUCCGAGUCCAGUGACGUCGAGGAAACGCCCAUGGAGUUCAGUGUCGGGUCUCAGGACAAGAAGAAAGAGACAGAAAAAAAUAAAAGGAAUGAUAAAAGUGACCAAGAUGAUGACAAGAAAAGUAAAAAAAAUAAAGGCGACGAUUGGAAACGCAGCAAAUUAUUGACUGGCAAAAUAUUGGACUCGGAUUCAGAUGAAGAAAACGAGAAAGCGCAGAAAAAAUUAUCCCAGCGCAGCAAAAAUGACUCCGACAGCAAAGAAGAAGCCGACGAUUCAAUAAAACCCAAAAAAAAAUCCACAAGAACUCGGCGGCGUCGUUUGAAUUCCGACUCUGACAUAAAAAUCUCCGACGACUCGGACUCCACUGUCAAUAAAAACGACAAAGACGACGACUACUCCGACGACCUAAAGAAAAGUAAAAUCAAAAAAACGUCAAAGCGUAAAAACAAAUCCGAUUCAUCAGACUCCAGUUCCUCGCUGGUGUCUAAAAAAUCUAAAACAAAACGCCGCAGAAUCCGGGCCGUCGCGGAGGACAGCGAGGACAGCAGCGACGACGACGAUCUCUUUGGGUCUCAAGGCGGCGCGAAUAAAAGCGGGCGUAAAAAUAUUCGCAAGGUACUGAAAGACAAACACGUCGCCGACGGGACUUUGCAAGCCGCCAAACAGGAAGAAGAACGCAUCCGACGUAUGGCCGAGCGUCAGAAACUGUACAACGAAAUGUACGAAGCGCGGCUGGCCAGCGAAGCUAAAGUCGACAAACUGGUCCUCGACUUCGACGCCGAGACCAAGGAAGUGCUGCUGGAAGUCGACGAAAAUCUGGUGAAACGUUUGAAGCCGCAUCAAGCCAAAGGUAUAAAAUUUAUGUGGGACGCCUGCUUCGAGUCUCUCGAAAGGACCAAAAGAUCCGAAGGCUCCGGGUGCAUACUCGCGCACUGCAUGGGUCUCGGAAAGUCCUUCCAAGUCGUGACACUCUCCCACACUCUGCUGAUGCACAGCGAAAAGACCGGGAUAAACAAAAUUCUGAUCGUCGUGCCGCUCAGUACUGUCCUGAACUGGAUGAACGAAUUCAAAAUAUGGCUGUCGGAAGUAGAGAACGGGAACGACAUCGAGAUGUACGAGAUGACCAAAGCGAAGACGAACAUCGAGCGCAAGUGUCACCUGGAAAACUGGCAGCGCACUGGCGGCGUACUGAUUAUCGGCUACGAAAUGUUCCGUAAUCUCUGCGCUAUCAAAGGCAAAGUGCGCAAGAGCGUACAGGAAGCGAUACUCAAGUGCAUACUUGACCCCGGACCGGACUUGAUUAUUUGCGACGAGGGUCAUCUGCUGAAGAACGAGGACUCGGCGAUCAGCAAAGCCAUCAGACGGGUCAAGACCUUGAGGAGAAUCGUGCUGACGGGUACGCCGUUGCAGAAUAAUUUGAUUGAGUAUCACUGCAUGGUCCAGUUUGUGAAGCCGAAUUUACUCGGUACCAAAAAGGAAUUUUCUAACAGAUUCGUCAACCCGAUCCAGAACGGGCAGUUCGACGACUCGACGGAGUACGACGUCAAGCUGAUGAAGAAACGCGCGCACGUUCUGCACAAAAUGUUGGAGGGAAGUGUCCAGCGAUUUGACUACUCGGUUCUCACUCCGUUUUUACCCCCGAAGCAGGAGUACGUCAUCUCCAUAAGACUGAGUGACGUACAGGUCAAAUUGUAUCAGUAUUACAUUGACAAUUUCGCGCGUAAGCACAAAGGCGUAGGCGGGUCACUGUUCGCUGACUUCCAGGCGCUGUCGCGACUGUGGACUCACCCCUUUGUCGUUAAACUCCACACGGAAAACAGCGAGAGGCUGCAGCAGAAAAAACGCGACGCUGAGAGCGACUCCGAGGGUUCGCUUAAGGAUUUCAUUGACGAUGGCAGCGACACUGUCUCGUCUUCUAGUGAAAGCAGCGACAAUACCAGCAACGAAAGUGACGUCAUCGCUCUAGAUGACGAGGACGGUAAGAAGAAAAAUAAAAAAAAGGGUCCGCCGCCCAAAAGGGGCACGCGCGCUAAUCCUGUGGCUGAGGAAAUUCCCGCGGAACCCGAGGAACCGACUGUGGAAAACAGGCAGUGGUGGACUGAGUUCAUUAAAGACGAAGAUUUUGACGACAUGAGACUGUCCGCUAAGUUGAUUAUUUUAUUUGACAUCAUCAAGGAAGCGGAAGCUAUCGGCGAUAAAGUUCUCGUCUUCUCCCAGUCGCUUUACUCGCUGACGUUGAUUGAGAAAUUCUUGAGUAUGAUCGACGACGAGACGCAAAACGGCCGUGAAUUAGAAACUCUAGACAAACAUACCGGGUGUUGGGUAAUCGGUCAAGAUUAUUUCCGUUUCGACGGACAAACGUCCGCGGAAAACCGCAGCCACUGGGUAAAAAGUUUCAACAGACCGUCAAAUACCCGGGCGCGGUUGUUUUUGAUAUCAACCCGCGCCGGUGGUCUGGGUAUCAACCUGACGGCCGCUAACAGAGUCGUGAUUUUUGACGCCAGUUGGAACCCAUCUCAUGAUGUACAAAGUAUAUUUAGAAUUUAUAGAUUCGGACAGAAAAAACCCUGUUACGUUUAUCGUCUGCUGGCUGCCGGUACGAUGGAGGAAAAAAUUUACAACCGUCAGGUCACCAAACUGUCGUUAUCCUGCCGAGUUGUUGAUGAACUGCAGAUUGAACGUCACUACAGCAACAAUGAUCUAGCAGAAUUAUAUAAAUUUGAUCCCCCGGGUACGAAUACCCCGGACUUGGCGCUGCCUAAAGAUCGUCUGCUGGCAGAAAUAUUUUUACGUCAUAAAAAUUUAGUCGAGACUUUUCACGAACACGAUUCGCUGCUGGAGAAUAUCGCUGAGGAAGAGCUGGAUGCUGAGGAACGCAAGCAGGCUUGGCAAGAGUACGAAGACGAGAAGGCGGGCAAGCCUCUGGUUACACCGCAGAUGUUAAAUUAUCAGAACCAGCAGCAGAUGAUGCUGAUGCAGCAGUACAACAACCAGAUGAUGAACUCCCUGAACAUGAGUAACCCUGCGAAACAGGUCGAGUUGUCGCAGCUCAUGAGCAUGUUCCAGCAGGACUACCCCCAUCUUACGGAACACGCGCAAAGAGGCAUGGCACUGAAGGCACUCAGCAAUAUGUACAAUUACGUGGAGAAUCAGGUGAUCGGUCGAGGUCUGAAUCCCUCGAUUAUGACGAAUAUCGCAAAUCCUAGCAACCCGACUGCGACGUUGGCCAACGCACUUGCGCAGCAGGAGUACUCGCGCUUUCACUCGGGAUUCAACCAGCAGAAUCUCAGCCCGCAGCAGCGGCAGAUGCUCUACGCUCAGUCCUUCGGUAACGUUAAUUCGCUGGGGAAAAAUCCACAGGUGCCCGCUGGUGCUGUCAAUCCUAAUGCUUCGGCAUCGAAGUUUUCUAAUAAUGAUGACGAUAUUAUAGAGAUCCCUUCCAGUAGUAGUACUAGAGUAGGAGGAGUGACUCAAGCCAGUAGUAAUUCUCCCAAAAGACAGGAAGAAUAAGAAGUAUUUUAAUUGUUUUAUUUUAAUUACAAUUACGACUAAGUUAAUUAUAAUUUUCUUAAAAUAUAAAAAUAUAUAUAUUAAGGUAAUUUAAGAUUAACUUAAGAAUAAAAAGUAUAUAUAUUUAAAUAAGUAUGAUUGGUAUAAAUUAGUCUUUACUUCAUAAAGUCACUCAUGCUGGACAUAAUUUUCAUUAUAAUUAAAAUUAUUAAUUAUUUUUUCAUUUUGCCUUAGGACAUAAUUAUAUUUACAUCUUGUUUAGUUUUUUU